AGGGGGCAGCAUCACUCGUUCCCACCGAUUAUUUAUAAGAAGAAGAGACGUACCGGAGUGGUAGUGGAAUAAACUCGUAAAUAAACUUAAAUAUUUGACACAUUCGUUGGUAGAAGCGGCGUUUUUUCGAACUGGGGUGUUAGAUAAGGAUGCUAAGCUGUUGUUCACGGUAGAGCGGCGGGUUAAGCGGCUGCAUUUCAGAUUUUAAGUCGGACUGUUGUUAGUUAGCCUGCGGCUAACGGAGCUGCUAACCUCGGUGUCUCCCUGCUGAUAUGGGUCGCGGAGACGGACCCACGAGGGAUAGGACUCCUCUCGGACCUCCAGGGGAAGAUGUACCCCCUUUCGAGAUGGGGCCGCCGGGCUGGGGCCCUCCUCCACCAGGAGGUUGGGGACCUCCGCCUUCCGGUGGUUGGGGACUACCGCCCCCAGAAGGAUGGGGUCCACGAGGCCCUCCGCCUCCAGACUGGGACCUUAGAGGACCCUCUCCUCCGGAAUGGGGUCGCCCUUAUGACUGGGGCCCAAGCGGUUCUCCAUCUCCUGAUUGGGAUCCGAGACUUCCCCCACCCCCGGACUGGGACCCCAGAGGCCUCCCGCCUCCGGACUGGGACCCCAGAGGCCCCCCUCCUCCAGGUUGGGGCCCCAGAGGUCCCCCACCCCCUGACUGGGACCCCAGAGGCCCCCCUCCUCCAGCUUGGGGCCCAUAUCCUGAUGACUGGGUGCCUCCCCCAGAUUGGCGGCGACCCCCUCACUGGAGAGGAUGGGGUCCGGAGUGUCCUGACCCAUGGGGCCCGGGGGCCGUCUCACCUGUACCUCCUGUCCCUCCUGUCCCACCGGUCCUUCCGCCUGGUCUACCCCCACCUGGUCUACCCCCACCUGGUCUACCCCCACCCGGUCUACCCCCACCCGGUCUACCCCCGCCCGCUCCUAUUGUGAUCCCCCCUCCAGACCCAGCGGCCGUCCCGCCAGUCCCUCCUCUGGGCUGCAUGCCUCCCUUUGGGUUCCCGCCCCCGUUUCCGGCCCCGGUUUGGACCGCGGAGCCAGUGGCGGAGGAGCCGAUGCCCAACCCGCCGCCUGACCAACCGGAGUGGAUCAAGGCUCUUAUUUCUGCUCCACCUUCUGACUCAACUCCAGUUGAGACUAAAAAAGACUCUGAAGUUCCUGCCGUCACCAAGGCCGCGCCCCCUGACCCAGCCCCAGCAGCCGCCCCCACACCUCCCGCCGCCCCGAAGCCUGAGCCCAGGCACACGGCCAAGGCGCUGGGGCUGCUAGGAAAGCGGACCUUUGAGAGGCCUCCACCCGGCAGAUCCACAGGGAUCAUCUCCUUCGUCGGGCCAACGUUCGGCUCCAUCGAGAGGGAAGACCUGGAGAAGUUCCAGUUUAGCUUCGAUGUCUUCUUUGGGAACCCCAAUGCCCUGACGCCCGGCGUCCGGGUCCACUUCACGGCCUGCAAGGAGAAGAACCGGGCCGUGGCCACGGAUGUGAAAGUGGCUCCAGGGGGAACGGAGAACGUGGACCCUGAGAUCUACGAAGCCGUGGUCAGCCAGGCCAUCGAGGAGCCGCAGCCCGGCGACCGACAGUAUCCCGGCCAGGUGCAUGUGACCCUGGGCAUGGUGCGGACCAACCUGGCGUUUGAGAGGAAGGACAGCACGGUGACGCUGCUGAAGGACGAUCAGGUGCUCAUCAACGUUCUGACCGACAUCGUCACGGAAAAACGGCGAGCCACCAACAUCAGACCCAAGAUCCCAGCCACCUUUGGCUCCACCAGGGAGACCAGGGAGAAGGGCGUCAUUGUCAGUCUGAAGGAAAACGAAGGCAUCAUUCAGUCAGAAGAACACGGGGAGCUUCAGUUUGAGACCAGAGAGAACUUGAGUGAUGUGGACUUCACCGAGGAGGACAUCAAUGAGGAGGUGGAGUUCACUGUCCUGCCGCUGAGAGGGGGGAAGCGGGCCGUCAGGAUCAAACGAGUCAAAGAGCCCCUCCUCCUGACGCUCUGUGGUGCCUCUAGCUCCGCCCCCGAGGAACUGGAGAGAACCAAUGGGGAGAUGGUCUCUGUGGGCCCCAACCGGACAACGUCCAAGUCCAGGGAGGAGUUGGAGCCUCACAUGGUGCUGGACUCUGAGCUCUAUGAGGGCAUCGUCAGCCAGACCAUCAUCGAGCCCAAGCUGGACGUUCCCGGAUAUCCGGGUCAGAUCGUCGCCAACAUCGGCCCCCUCAGGACCAACGUGACCUUUGACCACCGGGACUGUUCGGUGACUCUGCUGAAGAACGACCACGUCCUGAUCAACCUGCUGAUCAACACCUUGACCAACAAGAGGCGGGCCGCCAACAUCCGGCCCAAAAUCCCCUUCACCUUCCGCUACACCAAGGAGGUCCGCGAGCAGGGAACCAUCGCCUCGCUCGGAGACCAGAAGGGGGUCGUCAGCUCCACCAAGCACGGCGACUUGCCCUUUGACCUCUGCGAAAACUUCAGCGAUGCAGAGUUCGACUCUGACGAUGUGGGGAAAGACGUGGAGUUCACAGUGACCACGGAGAAAGCCGAGGUCAGAGCGAUCCGGCUGAGGAGGAUGAGGAGGAGCAAGGCGGCCGAAGACAAGAUCCUGCAGGAGCAGAAAGCCCGCGAGCUGGAGGAGCGCCAGAGGAGGGAGGAGGAGGAGGCAGAGAGGAGGAGGAAGGAGGAGGCAGCUGCUGCUCUGGCAGCUGCCAAAGACAAGUGGACUCCGUUCGGCUUCAGGUACAGAGUCGCCGACUCCAUGCUGGAGGUCAGCAGGGAGCGCUUCCAGGGCACCGUGCUCAAAGCCAUCUGCAGGAGUCCUCCCAAGGAGCCGAGGGAGGAGCAGGAGGAGGCCAAGCAGGAGGGAGAUGUGAAGGAGGAGGAGAUGGUGGCGAAGGAGACGCAGGAGGAGAAAGGAGGCACUGAGCAGGUCAAGCAGGAGGAAACGGAGGACGGCGAGCAGCAGGAGGCGACGGGACUGACUGGGAGGAAGGAGAUGCAGGGGGAGGAGGAGGAGCAGAUCGGGGCCCCCAGCCCGCCGGCCCCUGAGGUGGGUCGGCUGGUGAUGACCGUGGACGGCCGACAGAAGCAACUGAGCUUUGGCCCCAAUGACCUGCUGAGCCUGGCCACCAUGCUGGUGGGGGACAAGGUCCGCUUCAGCCUGGCCACGCACCGCCUCAACAAGGAGGAGCGCGCCACCUUCAUUGAGAUCCUCCCCGACUCCUUCGAGGAGUCCACGGAGCAGCGGAUGCAUGGCAUUGUGAUCGAGUUCUCCGAAGACUCUGGACUCAUCAAGUGUUCGGAGAACCCUCAGCUGUUCUUCAAAAUGUCCGAGGUGGUGGAGAAGAAGAAGCUGGAGCUGAACGAGAAGGUGGAGUUCAGCAUCGUCCCGCAUCCGACAGCAGACGGAGGGCAGCAGGCCAUCAGGAUUAAACGCUUCACGGAGAAAGUUUUUCUCCCGGUUCGCAAACUGAGCGGCGUCGGAGCAACCAAAGGGAAGAUGACCAUCAAGUUGGCAAAACCCCCAGAUGGAACUGAAAACCAGAAACCAGAGGCAGACAAACAGAAGGCCGUGUUUAAAACGAUAAAGAAGGACACCAGCGUCUCCCGCCACAAGUACCGUCGCAGCCGGAGUAAGGAGAGGAGCAAAAGUCGAAGUCCGUCCAAAGAUCAGUUUGGCCGCGUGGCAAAAAAGAGACGCAGCGUGAGCGUUGACCGAGAACGCAGCAGCAGGUACAGACGAAGCCGAGAGAGGUCGAGCAGGCGCAGCCGGAGUCGCAGCCAGAGUCGCAGCAGCAGCUGCAGCAGAAGCCGCAGCAGAAGCCGCAGCAGAGAGAAAAGCUCCAGGAAGAGGAGCAGGUCCAGCAAAGAGCGUGAGGACAGCCACCGCAGAAGGCCGAGCCCGGCGCCACGGCGAGGCGUGGUGGUAGAUACCGAGUUGGCGAGGAAGAAACGAGAGCUGGAGGAGCUUAACGAGAUGAUCGCCUAUAAGAAGUCUCUAGUUGACCCCAGGGGGCUGGAGCCUGGAGGCAGGACCUGCAUCGACUACGACCACGGCAGGAUCAGCAUGCCUCGCUCAAUUCUCAAGAAGCGCCCAGAAGAACCAGAUUACAUCCGGCCUCCCUAUGAUGACCCUUACUAUGACCGUCCGUACGGUCUGUUCCCAGGCCGCCGCUAUGGCGAGCCCUACAGCGACCCGUACCCUCACCCGUAUGCAGACCGACCAUACGCAGACCGACCAUACGACAGCCGUCUCUAUGGUGACCCUCCCUAUGGCGGAGCCCCUUCUUCCAGCCAUCGCUACACUGAUCGGUAUGACGUGUACAAUGAGCAUUACGACAGUCACUUCUACGACUCUGCGUACAGGGAUCGCCCUUACGAUCUUUACCCACCAGUAAAACGAAGUAGAUCUCCAGAACCUCGUGUCUCUUCUCCACAUUCUCCACCUAGCCUUGAUGCUAACCUCUCUGCUAAAUCCUUGACUCACUCAGUCUCCACUUUCAGACCUCCGUCUCCUAUCGACUCUCCUCCAAAAACACCUUCUCCCAAACGAAAGUUCACAAUUCCUCCACAGUCCCCUCCGGCUCAGAAACCCCCUCUGCACCGAUUCCUUGACAUGCUCAACAAGAAGACAGUUGCUGAGAAGACCUCGGAACCGUUGGAUGUUACAGAUGACCUCCUGCCUCAUGAGCGAGCCCUUCAGGAUGGCAAAGGCUUCUCUCGAAUUGUAGGUCUGGCUCAAGAGUGCCCCAGCACCGGUCUGGUUCAUGAAGUGGAGAUCAAGCAGCCAAACUCCAAACAACCCUCAGUGGAGAAAACGGGUGAUGGCCAGAAUCCAGAACCCUACGAUAAGAUACAAAGUCUGCUGCGUUCAAUUGGCCUCAAGCUGAGCUCUGGAGAGGUUCCCAAACUGGCCAAUAAAGCUCAGGAUAAAACCUUGAGCUUCAAGUCGUCAUCGAUGGAAAGAGAGAUGUUUCCUAAGGAAGAGUUGCGAAGUGGCAGGACUGGUUCUGUGGAAAUGGAUCGUAUCCAUUCUCCCUCUCCUGCCAGAUCUUCCAGCAUUGAACCGCUCACCAAUCCGGAGCCGGCCGUUUCGGAGUACGAGAAAUUCUUUGACCAACAUGACUUUGAAGAGCGAAAGAAGGCGCAACAUCUGCAUAGCCAUACCAAGACAACAGGGAGCGCACCACCCACAGUUUCCUCUCCAAAGCCUCCUCCAGGGCCGCCUCCUGCCCACUACCAGCACCCAACCCCCCCACUCAACUGGCCUCUUGGAAUCACCGCCACAUCCCACGGCCCUGAUCCCCCAGCUGCAGCCGCCCAGCCCCACCCCAGGCUGUUGCGCCCCCCAGGGCCUCCACCAGGGCCUCCUCCACGGCGCCAGGCGCAGCACCCUCCCGGUCCACCUCCUGGGCCUCCGCCCCAGCGCCCGGCCGGACUGCCUCCUUUCACGACAGCCUCCACUCAUACGGUUCUUCCGUUCAUUGGCCAAGCCAGUCCCACUUCAGCCGCCGGUGGAGCCUCCUCCUUAAAGCCCGCACCAACUCCCACCGUGACACCAGUAACCUCAAGUCCUUCGAGCUGCGACCAGUCGUCCAUGUCUACCACGGUGGUGCGCUGCUUGAACCUGAUUGAGACUGUGAAGUCUCUGAGCACCCCGCCGUCAGCCAAACCUGUUAAAUCUGUCCAGUUCAGCUUACCCUCAGUGUCAUUCAGCAGCUCGCCGCCCUCACUGGAGACGGACGACGACAUCAAGGCCAAGCAGAAGGAAAAGCUGGAUUUGUAUAAUCAGAGGCUUCUGGAGAAGAGGGAACAGGAUUAUAAAGAGAGGCUUACCCUCAGGAGACAAGGAGAGAGGAGCAAAGAGGGUCCGCCGGUCCCGGCAGGUUAGGACCUUGGUGAAGAUAGACUAACGAUGCCCUGACCUGCUCCCAGGUUAUCCACUCCAUUCCCAUCAAGGCUUUAAGUGAUUGGUGUGGGAGUCCCAGCUGAGCCCCAGUAUCUGUUGCUGGUCUGUGAUGAUGUUAUCUGCAUCACUACAGAGAAGUGCAGCCAGUUGUUACAAACCCCGGCCUACUUCUGGUGCAGUCGGUGUGUCUGGCUUUGCACAUGAUUUUAUUGAUCUGACAAAGUUUCUCCACACUUCCGCUAAUUUGCUUAUAGCAGAAUUUAUUUAUCGUUUAGUGUUUUAGUGUUUUCUAACUUUGAAAACAUUUAUUUUCAGAUUCUGAAAUGCUAAUUUACUUGCCUGUUUUGUAAACCUUAAGUUAAAGUUUGACAUCAGUGUUGACAUUUAGUUAUUGACUGUUGUUAGCAUGUAGCAUUACAGUUAACAGUUUAAAAUCUUCUGAUGUCCUGUUUAGACUCUGCUAAAUAUGAUGUUGGUAUAGCGUUUUAGCAUGAUUAGCAUCUUUUAUAACGUCCCAUAACGCCAACAGACCGUAUCAGGUCCUGUGGCUCCUGAUCUGACUGUGUAGGAGAGAGAGAGCUGUUAACGGGGUCUGCAUGGAAAUAUUUUUAAGGUUGAAUUAUCCAUGAGAUGCUAACAUUAGCUGAGUCCAGGAGUCGAUUCCUCCUGAUCCAAACAGAUACCUUCACAAACAAAUGCUAUCCAUAGGUUUUAAGUGGCUUGCUAGCAUGACGUAGCAGCUUUCAGAACCAAGCUAAUCCAGUAAAGUUGGGACAAAAUGUGCGUAGCUAAAACAGGCUGCAGUGACAAACUGAUUUAUUGUUGUAUUGGGUAAUAACACAUUAAUAAGGAAGACCCUGUAAAAGUCCAGUUUUCACUGCAGCUGCUGUGGUUCAUUGCAUCCAGCAGUUCCUCCAUGCUAGCUUCUUCUACCAAAGUACCAGCUGGCUAAGUCUAGCUUGCAUCAAGCUUGGACGUCUUCAGGGUUGUCCCCCAGCGGUGACUGAGUGUAGAUACUUCUGAUGAUCUUUCUGAAUGUAAUGUUUGAUGCGCACCGAAUCAGAAACAAACCCUCGGCUUUGACCAGGAUCCCUUCUGCAGAAAAAAGAUCUCGUCGUCAUUUUCCCGCAGCUUUAAUCAUUUUGGGACCUCAGCGUUUCGUUGCUCUCUGUAGCACUCUGUGUGCUACCAACCGGUCAUGACGCUUACCAGGGGAGAAUCUGGGAGUGAAAUACAGUUGAUGUUUUAGGCUGAAGAUGUGCUCCAGGACUUGGUGAGGCCUGGAGGGCAGGAUGGCUUUUUGUAGACAUGGCUUUAUGAGUGCAGGGUUCAGUCAGAUAACUAGGGAUGCUCACUUAGAGCUAGCUAGUUGUUGGUCUCCUGCUGCUACUUUCUCAACAUUGCAGAGUAAGGCUAAGAGCAGAAAGCUAGAUGUGAAUAUUAGCAUCACCUGUUAGAGUAAUUCAUCACUUGCAGCUUAGACCUCUCUGACUUUCUGGUAAACAUUAGAAGCUAAAGCUAAAUCAGAUUUAUGAAGGGCUUAAGUCUGUUUGAAUUAAAGAACCUGAUGUAUUUCUGGGUCGGAUCUGUUCAUUCUUAACAUAAAAGCCAUGUUGAUAAAAGCCUUGUGGGUUCCUGCCAGCCCCGGCGCUCCCUGUUCAUGUUUUCACCAGAUGUUGCGUUUCGUUCGUGCGGCGUCUUUCAGACAGGUGCUAGUAAAGCCCAUCCGGGUAAGUUCACUUCGGUUCUGUUUUCUUCAACCUAAGCCAAAAGAAGCUGAGUCUACCGUCCAGCAAGACGUUACACCAAAACAUCUUUAGUCUUUAUAAAGCUGAUGAACAGUAAGUAAAACCCACCAGACUGUAUUAAGAGCUGCGGUAAUUUGUUCUGUCUGCUAGAUUUGAUCCAGUUUCUGUAUCAGGUGGAAAAUGUGUAGCUGCUAAAAGCCUUAAUUGGUGGAAAAGGCUGAACAAGUGACACGUCUCUGCUGUAGUCCUCAUUUCUAAGCGUUUAGUUUCAUAUUUAGAGAUUUGACCCGCCUUUGUGCCGCAGAACCAGCCAACAGAACCGUAUCGAUUUAGUCUUUAUGCUAGAAGUUAGCUGUACUGUUGAGAUUAAAGUGUGCAGCUUUUCACCAGGAUCUUCUUCUCUACAGCUAUAAUUCACUGUUAUUGACAUAGAAAGUUUUAUCUAAACUGUAUUUUUCAAACAGACCAUAGUUUUCAGAAUAAGUCAGGAUCUCGGUCUUUCUGUGCGGUUGAUUGUCGUCGGCGUUCCCGUCGGUACAGCCGUUAGAUCUCCUCAGGUUAAACUAAACUUUAUUUAAAAGGUUUUCUAACUUUGUGACUUUAUAAGUCUGCAACUUUUCCAUGUUGUGCUGAGAAUUUGUAUUGUUUGCAUCCUCAGGUUGAGCAUCCACGUUCCCAGUUUAGACCAGACUGGUCCAGUAUGGAGUUUAGCAACUGAAAUGAAGAUCUGUUAACGGUGAUGAACAGAGGCAGCAUUUAAACACAGACCCAUCUAAUAGUUUUCUGUCUUUUCUCUUCAGGCUGGUAGACUUUGAUAGAAACUUUGUUUGGUCCAGAAGGUGUUAAACUAACCCACAGACUGCAGAAAGGAAAAUACAUGCCAGUGUUUUGGGGACUUGGUGGCGUGGGGCCAGACGUUAGUGAACCUCUACUUCACUGUUGAGAUCAGUUCCUGUUUCUGCUUCCUGGAUGGAUCCUUGGGCCGAGCUGAGAGGAUCGAACCUUGGCAGGAGUCUUGGAAAGUUUCUGAUGUUUAGUCGGCCGGCCUCUGUGGCGCUCGGCUGAUUUUGACGUUCUGGUUCUCUGAUGACGGAUCGGCCCGAACUGAACCUGAAUGCAGGCUCCUCCACUGCUGCUCUGUUAGACCAGGGUGGAUUUUACAUUUAUUCACAUCGAGAGCUACCUGGUCGAUGACAUUAGCCUCAAAUCCUCUUUUCUGAAUCGAUUAAAGCCACUGGCAAUUCCUGAACGAUGAACUUUAAACAAAUUACUCCUUUAGGUGCAGACCUGAGCUGCAGCUUGUUCACUGAUGCAUCCUGGGUCUAAAGUUGCUCUUUAGGUUAGAUGAGCUAAGAGAAUUUCAUUUCAGUUCUAUAAACAAAGUACUGGACCACGAGCAAACCGUCAGAGCCAGAUGAGGAGGAGCAGACACGUUUAUUGGCAAAGAAACUCGUUGUGCUGAACCUUUAGAUGUUAAAACGUGAUGUUCUUCAUGGUUGCUUGACUUUUUGCGUGUCACAUUCCAUGGUCUGAGCUUUUCCUAAAGGAUCUGGAGCCAAUCUAGAGACGACAGGUAAAAGUCUCGCGGUGCUUUUCCGUAUUUGCGGGAUUAUUUGAAGUUUUCGUAACUUGAUUAAAAUGACAAACUUUGCUGAGACGUUUUUUCAUGACGGUAAAGGUAGGUGACUCUUUUGAUCUCUUAAUACUUUUGCUCUAAACUUGAAGCUGUGAAACAUUGAAACCUCUUUAAUCUCAACACAUUCAUUACUCAACAUUUUUUCACAUUAGAAGCUGUAGUGUUGAGGAUUAAAAAUAAAAUCUCUUUAUGUAGUAAAUAUUAUUUAAAUAGAAAUGUUUUGUAUGAGCUAGAGAGUUUUGACCUGUAGAAACGGAUCAGGAGAAAACGGUCAACAGUUUAGACAGACAGGAAACCCUGCAGGUUCUCUCUGUUUCCUGAACUCAAGACGACAAAUCAAACCGA